AUGAAUCGUUUGCUGGAACUGCAGCGCGUAUGCGCGACCGCCAACAAGGACGCAAAGUCAACAGAAAAGUCUUUACUGCCUUUCAGAAAACAGUUGCAAUUUCUCUACGGCUACGUGCUCGGCUUCCUGAUGGCGCUCACCACAUUGCUCUGCUAUGAUCGCUUCCUGCUGCAGACGGCGCAGCUGCGACAACACAGCACGGCCACUGAGAAUUGGCAGACGGGCUAUCAAACCGCCUUGCAACAGCUGAAAAGCGAUGCAAACACACUGCAGCAACAGCUAGCGGCGGAAGUGCGCGUGCUUUGCAUGGUGUUGACCACACCGGCGCAGCACGAAACGCGCGCCGCACACGUGAAAGCUACUUGGGGCAAGCGCUGCACGCGCCUCAUCUUCCUCAGCAGCGCCGCGGAUGUUGAAUUGGGCGCUGUGCCGGUGGUGGACAGUGCCUCCGAUAAGUACGAUCUGUUGUGGCAUAAAGUGCAUCAAGGAUUUCGUUACGUAUACGCCCGGCAUUACGCGGAUUACGAUUGGUUUCUGAAGGCGGACGAUGAUACCUACGUAAUCAUGGAAAACUUACGUUAUUCCCUCUAUGCUUAUGACCCCGAAAUGCCAGUUUUCUUUGGUUACGAGUUGGUGCAACUAAAUGUGACCUACAUGUCCGGUGGCGCUGGCUAUGUUCUCAGCAAAGAAGCGUUCUCCCGCGUAGUUACAACGGGUUUUAAUAACGAAACGCUUUGCCCACCAACUAAAUACGCGCUGCCCGAGGAUUACUGUAUGAGUAUUUGUUUGCAAAAUGUGGGCGCAUUGCCCGUGGACGGACGCUUCAUUCGGUCUAGCGAAAACAAACAAACAUUUUUCCCACUGCAAUUGACUGAUUUUAUGGAUAGCAAUGAAACCUUGUCCAGCGGAGACUGGAUAGAGCGCAUGACACCAUAUACAGUGGAUUGGGGCCUUAACUGCUGUUCCAAUUAUUCCAUUUCGUUUCACUACACAGAUCCCGCUAUAAUGUAUUUAUAUGAGUUUUUUAUUUACCAUCUGCGCGCAGUCGGGCUUCCACAGGCCCACGUCAUAUUGCCUGAUAAAAUCGAUUACGCAGAACUUUUAAAUCGAUUUUCUAAUGAUCGAAAUACAACGGACCCGUGGAUGCCCCUUAAGUGGGUGAAGAUGCCGUGAGAGGAA